AGUGAGGACCACAAACUCAAACAAACGAUGACCAUGCAACUCCUCGUGCUCCUGCUCUUCGUCUCCUCCACUCUGAGUACACUUCUAGUUAAAGCAGAGCAAUGCAACGAUGAUCAAUUAAACAGAUGUGAAACGGCCAUCACCAAAAUUUUAGAAAGUGGUGGGGGCUAUCAAAGAGAUACGAGAGAGUAUUGUAGAAAUCUGUACAGGAAAUUGCAUUGUUUAGUUACACAAACGUCUCUCUGUCUUUCUCCUUCAGAAAGGCAGAGUAAAAGUUCUAUAAUUCAUAAAACAUGGCGUUUUCUUGGAAGUAUAUGCGAUGGUUAUGCUAUUUGGUGGAGAUUAGAUUGCUAUCAGCAAGAUGGAGUAAAGCAUUGUGAGUCUACACUUACUGAUAAUAGAAGCAUCAAUCGAGAAUCUUGCAGGAAUUAUCGACAAUUUCGUGAAUGUUCAACCCUUGUAGUAAGAUCUCGUUGUACUCCUGAAGACGAAUCUCUUCUUGGAAUAUAUCUUUUGGAUAAAGGUAGAGAAAGAGCUUGGCUUUGUUCCGGAGAUGAUCAAGAUGAUAAUUAUAUAUCUAGCGCUCCAUUAUCAUCCGAAUAUCAAAGAGAUGAAAAUUGUGAAAUAAGGGUCAAAAACGAAGCAAGAAUGUGCAAGAAACACGCUGAAGAUAAAUUUAGAUCAGACAAAAACAGUAAUAAUGUUAGCUACAUGGACGAAAAAUGCUGUAUGAUGAAAUUAUUUAAAGAAUGCGUAUCAGAUUUAAGUAAACGUUAUUGUGGAACCGAAGAAUUAGAAAUAUUUAAUUCGUUGAGACACGAGUAUUUCGGAUUCGAACACAAACAAUGCUCGGACUCUAUAAAAUGUUCCAGCGCCUACAAGUUCAAUAGCAUACAUUUCAUUAUACUUCUCAUUAUCUCUUCUAUUACUCAAAUGAUUCAUUAGAUUUCAGUUUUUAGAGAAAAAUUACAUCAUUGAGUAAUUGAGAUCAUGCAAAAUACAUGGUUUAUGCACAGCUGAGUUAUGCCAGUUGUUAGCAUGUUUCCUAAAUAUGAGGAAAGAAUGUACUUGAUUUUGGCUUCCUAUAUUAUUAUUUUAUAUAUACAUAUAUAUUGUGACGUAAUUUUUACUUUGGAGUUGAAAAAUUCCUUACGUUUUUUUUAUAGGAGCAUGUUUAAAUGAGAAACUCUGUGCACCAUUUAAAAUUACAGUUACCUUUAUCUGUAAAUUACAAAUACAGUAUAACAAUAUAAUAUUUCUGACAAGUUCUAACUUGUCAGAAAUUGAAAUAUUCGCGAUUUAUAAAACUUAUGAUGCGUUUUAACUUAUUAAAAGUGUAAGGAUUUUCGGAAACUUUGUACUUAUGCUACUUAUAACUGAAUUAACAAUUUAAAUUUCGAACGUUUCUGAUUUUUUUAUUUAUUUAUGUUGUACAAUAACUAAAGUUAAUGAAUAUAACUUCCGUCCAUAGCAAUAAAUGUUUUAUAAUUUUAAAAUAUGCUGUUUUAAAUGUAUUGUUGUUAAUUACAAUGUUAAAAUUGUUCUUUUUUUAAAUAAAUUUUAAAAUUUAUGACCAAAAUUAA